AUGCCCGCGACCUCGUUGUAUCUCUCGAGUUUGACACCGGGCACGGAGUACUUGUUCACCUUUGUCACCGAUGCUGAUGAAAAUGCGGAUCCCAUUGUGGGCGAUGUCUCCUUUACCACACCAUGCCCUGAUCCCGGUACAGGUCGGUUGAAUAACGUCGAUGGCUGUCAGCUCUGCCCCCGCGGCGCGUACUCGCCGGCCAACACUGCAGAGUGCACGGCGUGUGUUGCUGGUACAACGACAACGGCGCCAGGCGCGACCUCCGUCGUCGAUUGCAUCUGCGACGUCGGUGCCGGCUGGAGGGACGACGGAAACGGCGAGGGCGAGUGCAUGCUCUGCGCCGCAGACUCGUUCAAGGAUGCGAUUGGAGACGCACCAUGUGAAGCGUGCGGUGCAAACUCGACGACGCUCUCGGCUAUCGGCGCGACUUUGCCGUCGAGCUGCCUCUGCCAGCCCGGGUUCGAAGCGCUGCCGCUCCCGCCGCCCCCGCCGCCGCCCCCAUUGCCGGCGCCGGCGCCUUCGCCUGCGCUCGUCUGUAGCCUCUGUCCGCCAGGCACGUACCGUUCCGGAUUCUCCAGCUCGGAGCCAUGCGUGGCGUGUCCUGGGUCGUCGCUGACGAUCGCACCCGGCAGCAAGUCUGUCAGCGACUGCCUCUGCCCACCCGGCACCUUUGGCUCGCCGUUCAACUGCACCCAGUGCCCGGUCGGCACUUACUCUGCCGAGCACGGGGUGACCGCGAGUUGUGUGGCGUGUCCGACGGGCUCGACGACGGCGGCGUCGGGCAGUCUCAACGCUACGGCGUGCUCGGUGUGCGAGGCCGGGUACUUUGGGCCAAACUGUGAUCCCUGCCCGGGCUGCGUCUUUGGAUGCGACGACGGUGAGCGCGGGACCGGCGCAUGUUCGUGCGGCGCCGACACCGGCCUCCUUCAGCCGGGCUGCACGACUUGCUCGUCGUCGUGGUUUGGUGCAGCGUGCAACCAGACGUGUACGUGUGUCAACGGAGUGUGCGACAGUGGGUUCACCGGCACCGGCGCCUGCCUCGAGUGCGACUUUGGCUUUGCCGGCGCCGACUGCUCGAGCUGCGCGCAAGGCUUUGAUCCGGCCUCGCUUUGCUCCGCCUGCGCGGCUGGCCACGACAAGGCACCGGGCCUCUCGCCUUGUCUGCCCUGCCGGCCAGGAACGUACCAGCAGACCCCCGGCAGCGGGCUCGACUGCAUCCCGUGCCCGUCGGGCUUCUUCCAGACCGGGUCCGGCGCGCACUACUGUGACAUCUGCCCGGCUGGCACGUUUUCUGUCUCGCCGCGUACUGCUGCGUGCACAGGUUGCGGGCCAGGGCGUAGCUCAUCGCCAGGCUCUACAGCGCUCGCGGACUGCAGCGACUGCCCGAUCGGGAGCUACAAGGCUGACGCCGGUGCUGGUGAAUGCCUUGCUUGCCCGGGUACCAGCACGACUGCCGUUGCCGGCGCAAGCUCGGUCGCUCUCUGCGGAUGCGUACCAGGCGAGGGCUAUGACGCUGUAAGCGAGAGCUGCGCGCCAUGCGAUGCCGCCGCCGGCGAGGUUUCGAUCGAGCUCGACCAGUCGGCAUGCACGCCGUGUGCUGUUUGCGCCGGCGGCGGGACACCGCCACAGGCUGCGCCAGGCUACUAUCCGGGCGCGUGCUUGCGCGGACACACCGGGUUCCGGUGCGGGACGUGUGCGAGCGGCUUUUACAAGGACGCCGACAGCGGGCACUGCAAGGACUGCCCUCGCAACAUCGUGGCGGUAUUUGUGGUGCUUUUUACAUGCGCAGCGAUUGGGUGCGUGGUGCUGGUGCGGAUUGCACGGUCUGCGCAUGGUUACUUUACGGCCGCCUCGAUCGGAUUCAACUUUCUGCAAGUCAUCUCUGUCCUCGCCUCGUUUCCGCGGCUGCGGCUUCCAGGUUCGCUCAAGCAGCUAUUCCGUGUUCUCUCUGCGGUCAACAUCGACCUCCAGCUGUUCCGGCCCGAGUGCAUGGUGUCGGACUCCAAGGCCGCGUACCACAUCAUCUGGGCGAUCAAGGUCUCCACGCCUGCAAUCAUGCUGAUCAUCUUUGUAGCAGCGUGGGGCUGCGUAUGGAGCUGGGCCAAGUGCCGCGGGACAAUGCCGGCCGAGAAGCUGCAGAGCUGGAAGUACGCAUUUACCAACGCGUCUGUCACCAUGAUGUUCAUCCUGUACCUGAUGGUGUCGAACACGGCACUGGAGAUCUUCCCGUGCACUCGGCUUCCGGACGGACAGUACGUUAUGGAUCGCGAGCCAUCGGUGGUGUGCUACAGUUCGACGUGGUUCCGGCAGCUUGCGGCGUCGCUUGCGGUGCUCAUCUGCUACUCGCUGGCCAUGCCACUGGUGGUGGGUACCGUGCUCUUCCGGCGGCGGGAGAACUUGUGGAAGCGAAAGAACCAGGCCAAAUAUGGCCUGCUCUUUGCGCGGUAUCGGCCGGCAUUCUUCCUCUUUGAGCUCGCGAUCCUUGGGCGCAAGUUUGGGGUCAUCUUUGGCAAGGUCCUCUUUGCGCACUCUGUAGUCUGGCAAGUCGUCUUUGCGCUGCUGGUCGUCGCGCUCUCGCUCGGUCUCCAGCUCCGGCUCCGGCCUUACUCGACGAUCCGGAUCAACCGGCUGGAGACACUCAUGCUCGUGGCGGCCGAGGUGGUUCUGGCGCUGGCGGUGGCAUUUGCGGUGGCCAACGGGACCUUCAGCUUUGGCACCAUCUGCCUGCUCGCCACCGGAGUGUUUUUGGCGGUCGGGCUGGCGGUCAUUGUGCUGGCAGUUGCGGUUACACUCGAGCUCCGCAAGACGUUCCGGCUGAAGAAGCGCGGGAUUGUGGGCAAGUUUGCCAUCGACAAGGUCGACGUCCUCCCAGCGUUCUUUGGUGCCGAGCUCGGCAUCCGUGUGGUGGGGCACGAGCAGGCGCCGGCAGCAAUCACACUCCGGCUCACGACCGAGAACGCCGUCGGCAUUGCGGCGCAGACAGCGCUGGAGAAAGAGUUUGUGCGCAAGAGUGAGUUGAACCGGAGCUGGCAGAGUUACCUUGCGUGGCUUCGGCCGGCCUCGCGAGACGCUGCGGGCGCGCAGCCGCCUGUCUAUCAGGGCGUGACCAGCGUCGGACAUGAGCACGAGCUUGUACUCCGAUGCGAGACCAACGGAUACUACACAGUGGUGCUGGCGGCGGUGCCUGCGGUGCCUGCUCCACGGCCGCCGCUCCCGCCGGCAACCCGGGCUCGGCGCGCAUGGGAAAAACUGGUAGCGCUGGUCGACGGCUCGGCAUUUGAGCUCGCCAUGGCGCCCGACAUGGUGCGGCUGAUCAUGGCGCAGGGCGCGGAACGGCUCAUCUCGAUGCGGCUUACCAUGUCGCCCGAGUGGAGUGCGGCCGAGAGCGUGGUGGGCGCGGGCGCAAGCACGAGCGCCAAGGUCGAGCUCUGA